AUGUGCCACAACAAGAGUGAAUGGAUCACCCCAAGGCAUCAUGGCUCUGCUUUUGUAAAUACUCCAUUACCUUAUAUUAACAAAAUUAUUUGUCACAUUCAGGAGUUAGAAUUGAAGAUGGAGAAUCACUUUCAACAGUAUGAUUAUGUGUUUAAGGAGGAGAAAACACCAUGGGUAACAAAACAGGCCAGUGCUGACUCUACUGAAGAUAGCUGGUUAUCAUUAUCCACCAAGUUGGAUUUUAAAGAAGCUGAUGUAUCUUGUGAAGAUGGCAAGGCAUUAACCUUGAAGAAGGAACCAGAAGCUUUGCUAUUGGGUGUUACUCAGCUAAUUAAGUGACUGGAGGCUGAUAGUGAGGAGGCAGAAAAAGCUUUGGAGCUGGAAAAACAGCUAGGGAAAAAGCUUAGCGUGAAAAUGGAUUGCUUGUCACUUUGGAGGCUUCAGCAGCUCCCUGCAGCCAUGCAAAAAGAGUAUGAUCUGUGUGCUCAAGAUAUCUUGGAGCUACAAUGGCAUCUUUGUAAAAGACGUCAGCUGCAACAGAUACAAAACCAAAUACCUCCAAUAGAAACAGACAACAGAAAGAUUCUGGAGGAUACAGACUUGAUGAAGAAACACAGCCAUCUGCUGGAAGAAAAGCUGAAUCUAGAGGGUGAAGCUGUGAAGGAUAUGUCGCUGGUUUAUGAAAAGGCAUCAAAAUUAUAUAGUGAUGUUUGUUGUGAACACACGGAAAUUUAAAAGACUAUGAAAGUAAUUGCUGAAGAAUCUGAAAAGAAGAUAAAAUCUAUGUCUGUGGAAACUGAAUGUGCUGAGAUGCUAUUGCAUCAAUACAAGAAUGAGUUAAAGCAGUCUGAAUUUAUUUGGACCGAAUACUGUAUGAAGUUAAAAGAAACAGAGAAGAAGAUUAUAAAGGAUGAAAAACACCUUGAGGAGUUAGUGAAGCAAAAAGCAGAAAUCCAGGAAGAUGCAGAAUAUUGCAACAGCAAAAUAGAAGAUUUGAAUAAUAAAAUGGCUGCCCAAGGAGAUGAACUUGUAAAAAUAUCAGACGCUUCUUCUGAAGUAGUUAAAGCUGUGGAAGAAUUAAAAUCCACUGAGGAAAGGGAUCUACUGGAUAUAAAGCAAAAUGUUCUCAAUAUUAAUGAAGCUUUGGACGGUUUGAAAUGUGAAAAUGAAGAACUUGAGAGAGAAAAGAUAGAGUUAUCACAAAUAAUUGGAAAUAAGUAAUGCCUGAUAUAUAAAUACAGAAAGCAAUCAAAAAUCGAAACUAUCUGCAAAAACAUAAGAAAGACUGAACAGCAACUAGAAAGACUAAAUGAAGGUGUCUCUAAUGCUGAAUUGUCCUACAGUGAAACAAAAAAAAAGUAUAAGGAACUAAAAAAAAAAACAAAAUUGCAGAAGAAAUCUCUUUCAAGGUAUAUUUUUAAUUAAAUUCAAGAAAUUCAAGCUCAAAAAGGAGUUUGGAAAGCAAUCCAGGACAGGAUUAAAUCGGUAUAUGAUGAGCUAGAGGAAAAGCAAAAAGAGAAACUCAAGAAAAUAAAGGAAGAUAUGAAGAAGAUAGAAGAGAUUGAUGGUCAAGUAGCUGCUGUAGAAGAAAAACAAAAGAAAAAAAGAUAUAUCCUCUCCUAUUUGAAUCAGAGAAUACAAGAGCUAGAUAAGCAGCAGGAGCAAACGAAAGAAAAAAGAACUAUUAUGCAGCAACUAUUAAGUGAUACACAGGAAAAAUUUUCAUCUGUAUCCAGUCAGAUUGCUGAAAAUUCUCACACGGAAAAUUUAAAACAUGAAAUUAAAGGAAUACGUGAGUUAUGUGAUAUGAAACAAGUACAGAUGGAAAAGGUAUAACAAUAUUUUGCUGAUUUGCGGCAAAUGUCAAGUACUGUGGUCAUUAAGGAACAAAAUGUUCAGAUGGUGUUUAAUCAAGAUAAGCUAGCAGAAUAUGAGAAAAAGUUAAAUCAGGAAGAAAAAACAUAUGGAGAAUUAUUACAGAUUAGAAAGAAAAAAAUGGAAGAUUCAGAAGCUGCUCUGGAGAAAAUCAUGAAAGAAAAUCUGUUGUUAGAUCAAGAAUAUCAAAUCAUUCAGAACUACUAAUUAAAAGGUAAAGAAGACCUCACAGAAAUCUAUGCCAAUAGAAUCAGGGUGGAAAAUGCCAUGAAACAUCAUCAGCAGCUUUGGGCACUGCAGAAGCGGCUGCGCGGGGUGCUGGCAGCACAGCGGAGGCAGCAUGGCCUCUCCAACCAGGCUGGGCUGGCGAGGAUCCAGGCAGCCUCUCAGGAGAACGCUCAGAAAAUAUUAGCUGUGCAGGGGGAGUUGUCAAAAGCAAUCCGGCACACCACCGGUUUCUUGCACUCUUUGACAAAUGGCUCACCGGCUACAGACAACGUUGCAAACAACCAGUGUAUCCUGGAUGCUGAAAUAAAAGACAAGAAAAGUCACACAGUUCAGAUAACAGUGUAAUUGGACAUUCACCUGUUUGCCAUUUCACACUUCCAUGGACGAAAAACUCACUCACCUCCCAGCAUGCCUUGCCAUUCUUUUACUUACAGCAAAUCCAUAACAAUGAAACAGGUGACUUUCAUGCUGCUGUCAGGAACGAUCUAAUUUCAGCUCUGGGUGACUGAUUGCAAUUGGCUUUGCCUCAUCUGAUAAUUAAUCUAUGUCACCAUUAAUUGGAAGAGAGAAUAAUUACUGGCGGUGUUGACAGUGACUGUACGCUUCCCCAGAUUUCCCCACUGUGUUGGCCCAAAUAAAGGCUUUGCAAUUCGGUACUUAAAGUUUAUGUAAACUGGAACAAUACCUAUGCCCAUGUGACGCUUGCAGACACUCUGUCUAAUAUACUUUUGUUUUUGUGUUUACCAGUCUUUUUUAGCUCUCUGAGAGCUGUCUCCCUCAAUCACUCCUCAAUGUUCUAUCUUAAUUUUGUGGAAGUUUAAAGUUUUCAAUGAGCUGGAGAUGAAUGAUUAAUGAAUAAAUUUAAAUGCUUCAUUUUGUCCAUG